UCUCAUACUCAAGAUGAUCUAUCAAGCUGUGUUAUUACCUCUAACGGAACAAGAUACGGGACAUGUGAUAUGCAGUAUGACAGUAACGUUAUCCCUCUUGCCUCCUCACAAAGCGAAGUGAGCACAGCAGGGACUGAUAAUACGGAUGUAAAGCCGCCCUACAGUUACGUUGCUAUGAUAGCAAUGGCUAUAAGGGACUCUCCAGAGAAGAAGCUAACGUUAAGUCAGAUUUAUCAGUACAUUAUCGACAAGUUCCCUUACUACAACAAGAAUAAGAAAGGUUGGCAGAACAGUAUCCGCCAUAAUCUGUCGCUGAACGAGUGUUUCGUGAAGAUUCCUCGGGAAGGAGGAGAGAGGAAGGGGAACUACUGGACCCUGGAUCAGAGUUGUGAUGAUAUGUUUGAGAAGGGAAAUUACAGAAGGAGGCGGAGAAUGAAGCGCCCGAUUAGACCCUCUCCAUACUCAACACGACUAUACGGACACAUCAACUUUCCUUACAACCACCAAGGGCUAUCAGGGAACUGGAAGAGUUACAACUACCUGUCAGCCCCCUGGCAGAACAAAGUGUCCCCCCUGAACCUGUACGCGUACAACAACACCACUCCUCGCGUUCAGUCCCUACAACCUCUCCCUCCUGUAAACCCUCCUCCUUUUAGCAUGUCUCCUCCUGAGUACUCAAGGCAGUUAGAAGAUCAUGAUCAGAUAUCAUAUAGUUUGCAAAUGCUAGCCAAUAGACAGACUCCACUUUCAAACAUUUCGUUGAGCAGACAAGAGCCCCAGCUCGGGUUCUGUGCACCGCCCUACAUUACCAGUACUGAGAACAACACAUUCGCUCUCAAGACUGAGGACACUUCUUCCGCCUCCUGCAACUUCAACCCUAGCCUCUGAACACUUGUAGACUCUACUCACCCCUAAAGUAGACUCUACUCACCCCUAAACGGGCCGCGCACGAAAAUACUGUGAUGGAGCUUUUUGCAUGAGACUGAGAUAGUGAGUUGUAGGUUUAAAGGAGCAAC